AUGAGCGACCUGUUCGCGGCCCUCAAGAUCGUCAAAGACUCGUUUGAGGCCGUCAAUGAAAAGAAAGGCGCGGCGGCAGACUAUGCAAAUCUCGUCUCGGAAAUUGACAGUCUGUGGGAUGGCUUGGAAGCAGUGGAAGACAUUCAGUCGGACCCAGAUCUAUCAGAGAAGCAGAUUGCUGCUAUAAAGAGGGCGGUCGAUGCAUGUUACGACUGCGUGGAAUCGUUUCUGGAAUCCGUCUCUGAUUAUCAGCCGCAUCUCGGCUCCAAUUCGUCUGGCUUUGCAUCUAAUUACCGUAAGAUCAAGUGGGCGUUGUGCAAGAAAGAUGAUGUUGCCAAGUUUAGAGGGCGGUUGGGAAGGCACAUCUCCUCAAUCAACAUGUUGCUCAUCACGUUCCAAGCCAAGCAGAGUCUGAACGCCAAGACAUCUAGGAGUAACACCGUGGUCAAAGCCUUGCAGAGCGAAGAGAACAGCACCAAGGGGAUGAUGAAAGGGUUAUCCAUUGAGCAACGCCAAUUCUUCAUGAUCAUGGUCCAGCAAAACAAGCAGUUGAUGCAGAGCAUUGAAGACAUGAGAAAUAUGUUGCAGCUGCAAGCCGAGGUUCCGCCACAAGUGAUGCUUCAACAACCAGUCAUUUUCCUCGACCCAUUUGGCAAGACGGCACCUUUCCACCUGGAAUUUGUCGAUUCGUCAGAAUGCUUCAUGGCUGUACUCAAAGCACGUUUCAGCAAUGCUGGAGUAACACCUGCUGGACUUUCAAAAUUGGACAAUCAUGACUUCUUGAUCCAGGACAGCCCCCGGCGGCGGCCAAUUGACUUGAAGAAGAACUGGGCUUCAGUCUUCAGACCUGGGCAAAACGUAGAUAUGAGCAUGAUCUUCCAUCGUUUUGCUUGCCCUCCGAGCACCUGCCCCGUCUGUUUAGAGACCAAUGAGGACGAUCACGAGCAGGUACAUUGCCGUGCGUGUGGUCUAUGCUAUCAGAAUGUCCAAGCCAUUAGCAGAAGAUCUAGAGAAUGGGAUCCGAAUCUUCCCACCGAGGUCAGUGUGAGUGGUGACGAUAUCCCAUAUUUACAACGUCGGCGAGGCCGGGAACCCGAAAUGAAGGUCUUUCGACCGACGCAAGAAGCCGAAGACGAGCUCUUUGAUGGAUAUCGAAGGGUUCAACUCGUCUCACAGUCAUUGGAUCUGCUAGAUGGGAAAUUCCCAGCGCUACAGCUGAUAGAAGACUUUGCUCGCUUUGCGGAACUCCUCAAAGGUGUGCCAGACGACACGUCAGCGUUUGAGCCAGAAAUCCGCAAUCUCCGUGCUCGCGCUGUUCAGCAUCUACUACAACAACGUAGCAGCUUUCCUGCAUUCGCAUCCUUUUCGCAAAUUGCGCAAGUGCGUAGACGCCUGGGUCAAGAGUCUCUCGAUUUGCGCAAAGAUAUUGACAAGUUGGUAUACAAUUUGUACAACGACAGCGACACUAAGGAGCUGAUGAAAUACGUUCAAAAGACAUAUCCGUCCGAUAACGGAAAGGAUUACUACACAAGCGUAUUGUCCCGGAUAGCGAGUCUUUCGGACUUCACGAAAUCCAGUAAGCCAAGCGUUCGAUCCACAGAGCGCAUGGAGUGGCUGCUCCUAGAUGGCAGAUCCAAGUGA